ACUGUUUAUUCUAUUUUUUUAAAUAAAAGACAUUUCGUGGUCGAGAGAGGUCGCUAGUACUUUUUCCUAAAGUGGGGCUGUACUUUGGCUGCUCAGAAAGUAGAGAUCUGUUUCAGCUUGCAUCAAGGUAGAAGCGUUAUUUUAACUGAACCCUAACAGUACGCGGGGGCUCGCUCGCCCUCCAGCCUUGCUUCGUUAAUUGCAGAGCCUCGGUUAGCCUGGACUGUUGGUUUAAUUCAGCCCGGCUGCUACGGGAGGCAAGAAAGCCACGUCUAAAAUGCUCCGCCUGGGCCAAGCAACCGCUGUGCUGCGAUUACUUUCUACGGAGAGCGUCUUGGGGACGGUAGGCAGCUUCCCGAGAAGAUCCGCGUCCGGAGAGAAUAAAAAAGAGAUCCUGUUACACGUGCACGGAGAGGCAGACUCUGGUAUUGCAGAAAUUCAGAUGAACAGACCACAUGCCAGAAAUGCCCUGGGGAAAGUGUUUGUGAAUGAAUUAUAUGAAACCGUUGAUGUUCUCCGUUUUGAUGAAAGUGUCCGCGUUGUAAUAGUCAAAAGCAAAGUAAAAGAUGUUUUUUGUGCUGGUGCUGACUUAAAAGAGCGUGCUCGGAUGAGUGAUGCUGAAGCUGACCAUUUUGUUCAGAGGCUCAGAAGUUUAAUGGACAACAUUGCUGCAUUACCAAUGCCAACUAUUGCUGCAAUUGAUGGUUAUGCCUUGGGUGGCGGCUUGGAACUGGCACUAGCUUGUGAUCUCCGAGUAGCAGCAUUGUCAGCUAAAAUGGGCUUAAUUGAAACUACCAGAGGACUUUUCCCUGGUGCAGGUGGAACCCAGCGCUUACCACGCUGUAUUGCCAUUGGCCUAGCCAAAGAGCUCAUUUUCACUGGCAGACAGAUUGAUGGGCAAGAGGCCUUCUCCAUGGGGCUACUUAAUCACACGGUACCACAGAACGAGGAAGGGGAUGCCGCAUACCAAAAGGCAUUGACUUUAGCUGAAGAAAUUGUUCCUCGGGCCCCAAUAGCUGUGAGACUGGGUAAAAUGGCUAUAAACAAAGGGACUGAGGUUGAUAUCGCCUCAGGAAUGGCUAUUGAAAGAAUGUGCUAUGCCCAGAAUCUCCCUACCAGAGACCGGCAGGAGGGGAUGGCUGCUUUUAUUGAAAAGCGACCUCCGAAGUUCAGUGGCAAGUGAUGCUAACACCAGUUCUGCAGGUGCCUGUAACGGUUGCCUAUGGUGGCCAGGCAGGCACGCAACUGCAGACAUGACAUGUGAAACGUUACAAGGAACCAUAAACAUCGGAACGGGAACACGACAGUGCCAGAAUACAAUACAAGGAAGUGGUAAGGCUGUGCCUUACUAGGAAGCUUUUCCUUAUAAACUUUAUAGUAGACAAUUUGUUUUUGUUUGGAAUCGGUUUUGGAUAUAAGAACUAAACAAUAAUGUAAAGGGAUGUUCUUGGGAUGAUUGUGGACGCUAGCACUGAAACCUCAAUUGUUAGAAGGCUGAAACUCCCCCCCCCCAUCAGUAAUGUAAAAACUGUUUCAUGCAUCCUUAUUUUUACAUUACAAAGAAUUUUGCUCUUAGUGAAAUGUGGUUUCAUCAUUGCAGUCUAUGGUCAGGUGAAUCCUCUAGCAGUGUCUAUGCAGGCUGUUAGGUGCAACAUAAAUGAAUACAAGUUCCUUUUUCAGGUAAUACACAAUUAUGAAUUCACAAUUGUUGAUAGCACAUAUUGGUCAUAGUCAGCAUUCUCUGUUAUGGUAUCUUAAAAAUUGAGACUUUAAUUUUUGAUACAUUGGCAUCAUAGAUAUCUUCAGCAGGCAUUCCACAAAAGCUUUUAAGAAAUUUAUGGCCACAGAAAGGAAGGAGAAUUACAGUUGUACCAUCUCCCAAUGUCAUGUAUACAGCCAAUGCUUGUUUAGUGACUACCUCAGUUAGUGACCAUUUGCAAAUACAACAGUAGUAAACGGUAGUAAAAAAAAUCAUUUUCCAACCAAUGCGCACACUUAUGACCAAAUUUCUGUGCCUAACCACAGCACAUGCCGGAGUGAGAGUAAUGCGUUGCUGAAAACUUUAUCUAAAUGACACGGCAGCAACCAGCAAUUUUUACAGCAUCUCCCUCUCUGUCAUGUUGUUUGCUUAGCGACCAUUUCACUGGAACGGAUUGCAGCUGCUAAACUAGGAGAGACUGUAUAUCAUCCCGAUGAGCAACCAACCACAUUUAGAUUUUAUAACCAAUGUACAAAAGAUAAGAUUUUUCUCAGAAGAACAUUUAUAAUAAUAUAUAAAUAAUGUAUAAAAAGUAAAGUCAUGCUGAGUCCAAGCUCAGCUCCUGAUAAUUUAUAUGGAUAAGCCAAUGCAAUUUUCUUGGUAUAGAUGGAAGUGGUUUGCCAUUGUCACCUUUGGGGAUGUUUUUUUUAAUUGCCAUUAAACACAGAAUUUAAUGUAAUCCCCAGAUAUUUUAAGAAGCACUUCAAUUAUCUGUGAGAAAAUAAUAUAGAGCUAUAUGACUGUUUUAAGUUACUGAAUUACAUAAAGCUCAGAAUUUAAAAACUGAACUGAAAAUGA